AUGGCGAACAUGUUUGGAGCCUUGAACAGAUUCAUCUCGCGCCUGGACGCCGACCCACAAGCUCAGAAGCAGAGCGGAGGAGGAUCCGACACGUACGGAUUUCAAGUGCUUCGCAACAACAACCCCGAGCUACCCCUGGAGCCAUGGUUCGACUCGAUCAUUGGUAUAAAUGGCCGCACCAUUCCUAGCCUAUUUGUCCAGGAGUUGCGCAACUGCGCCGGCACCAACAUCAGCCUGGGAGUCUACAGUGCCAAAGGACAGCAGAUCCGCGAAGUCUUCAUCUCGAUCCCACCAGACAACUCGCCUCUGGGUCUCGCCUUGCAGUGGUCACCGCUCACGACAACCGAAGCCGUCUGGCACAUUCUUGAUGUCAUUCCCAACUCGCCUGCCGACGUUGCUGGCCUGUUGCCUUACAGCGACUAUGUCAUCGGCAGCCCGGAAGGCUUGAUGAGAGGCGACAGUGGGCUUAGUGAGCUCAUUGAAGACUACGAUGUGACGCGCAUGAUCACCAUCACACCCACGAGAGGCUGGGGCGGCGAUGGUGCAUUGGGCUGCGUUCUGGGCUUUGGAGCCCUUCACCGCGUGCCUGCNCCCUUGAACGAGCCGGCACAAGCCCCUGGAGAAACCCUGUUCGAAACAGCCCGCUUCAGUAACGAAGAACCUCGCUCAACUCCGACUCCGGCUGGCGACUUUCUCGUACCCGCCAACCUGAACCUCAGCGCCACAACUCCACCUGCAAGCAUCAGUAUGGGCGGGGAGAAGAGAGGUGCUAGGAAACAAAGGGUACACCAUGCCAUAUCCCCUACUGCUGGGCUUGACGACUAUUUCGCCGAGGGAGAGCAGAAGAGCCGUGAGUUGGACAACGCUCCCACACCAAAGCCAACUGCAGGUCUGCCACCACCACCAAAGGCAGGUGGCCCACCAAGAGCUACCAAAUCGCCUGUCGUCGAUGCAGCUUCUGAGGAGCUCGAAGCAGAAGUAGGGGACGCAUGA